GGAAGAGAUCACGGCGAACACAGGGGCGGCAGCCCCUCAUGGAGCCCCCGGGCCAGCGGCCCCCGCAGGAGCCGCCGGGGGAAGCGUCCCCGCCUGAGGGCUCAGGCCUCGAGCCAGCACCCGGCACGCACGUUCUCCACGUGGGCCACCUGAACCCGCGGUUCUCGGUGCCUGUGCUCACCUGCCUGCUGCGGGACACGCUGGAGCGGCUGGGGCUGCCGGUGGCGCGCGAGCGCGUCGAGGUGGUGAGGCGGCCACGGAAGGCCUAUGCGCUGGUGCAGGUGACCGCCCACGAGGACACGCUGGCCUCCCUCCCCCGGCGCCUGCAAACGGCCCUGGAGGAGCACCGGAUCCCCACGGAGCUGACGGCCCGCGGGAAGGAGCUGGUGCUGGGCGACGGCCGGGGGCCCUCGAGCUGCCGAGAGGAGGAGGACAGCAGCCCGAGCCCCCGUCCCAACCCCAGACCCGCCCACAGCACCCCAGUGAGGGUCCCGCAGAGGCCCAGGGGCCAACCCGGGGGCACGCGCUCCGACAGCGCCAUCGCGCACCAGGAGAUCCUGGGCCAGGAGCGCCUCUUCCAGGGCACCUUCCUGGGCAACGAGACGCGCGGCGUGGAGUUCAAGCGCGGCGGUGGCGAGUACCUGAGCCUGGCCUUCAAGCACCACCUGCGACGUUACGUGUGCGCCUUCCUCAACAGCGAGGGCGGCAGCCUGUUCGUGGGCGUCGAGGACAGCGGCCUGGUGCAGGGCGUCCCCUGCGGCCACCGCGACGAGGACCGCGUGCGCCUGCUGGUGGACUCCAUCCUGCAGGGCUUCCAGCCCCAGGUCUUCCCCGACGCCUACUCGCUCUCCUUCAUCCCGGUGGUCAGCGCCUCUGCCCCCAGCACGCCCCUCAAGGUGAUCCGCCUGAGCGUGCACGCCCCCAGGGCCCAGGCCGAGCCGCAGCUCUACGAGACCGACCAGGGGGAGGUGUUCCUGCGGCGGGACGGGAGCAUCCAGGGCCCGCUGUCCGGCCACGCCAUCCAGGAGUGGUGCAGGCAGAAGUGGGCGGCCGAGCUGAGCAAGCUGGAGCAGAGGCUGCAGGUGCUGACGGCGGAGAAGGAGCAGCUCCAGCAGCAGCUGCAGCAGCGCGCGCCCGCCUCCUGCACCUGCUGUGUCCUGUGAGCGCCUGGCGGGCGGGCGGCGCGGGGAGGCCGGCUGUACCGGCAGAUGCGGGACUUCCUACCUGAGCCCACGUCCUCCCGGGAAAACCCAUCUGGGCUGCUCGGAGGUGGACGGCAGAGCGUCCGUCCUCGCUCCUUCAACCGCCCGUGCGCGGGCUUCAAUCCUGAGCCAACCGCCGUCUAUGGAGCUGAGACACUGCUCUUAGCCUGAUUCCCCAGGCACCUUCCAGAAGGAACUGGUGAACACUCGUCCGGAGCCAUCUUCGGGCCGAGCUGUAAGGGACUGCCCUGCUUCCUCACAUGCUCAUUUUGCCCAGUCUGGGGUCUCCGACUCCAGCAGCGAGACAGGCCAGAAAGGAACGUGUCCUCCUGGGAAAGUCCUUCUGCUGAUGGCUAGGCACACUCCGCCACAGUGGCUAUGGGGCAGACAGGCCACCCUGCAGCCCCCGCCCUGGGCUCUCUGGAAUUGUGAUUGUCAAAGCUCUUGAAUAAAUUACAUGCACCUGGGGCAAGGAUGGUUCUUUCUAGGUUGCUCGGUCAGCCAGCUGGACGCAGCUGAGCCCUGAGACCACGCCCAGCCCACCUGUCCAGGAGGCGGAGCCAGCCAGCGGCUCCUCCCACCCCGAGCUGUGGGGCCA